AUGGAGGACAGCUUGUGGUUUAUUGAGCUAGAAGCAGCUCUGCAGGACGACUGUACGGUCGAUGAUAUCUACGCCAUAUGCCAUGGCCGAACGCUGCCCGAGGCACUGCGUCUCGACGUGUGGCAAGUAUGCCUGGGAGUUCGAAACAAACCCGACCAGCUGGCGCAAUUCAACGAGAUCUACGACUUACCCUUCCAAGUGCAACUGCGCAACGAUUGCGAAGAAUUUGUCAACAAACUAGGCAACGAAGACGAAGACAAGGUGUCGGUGGUCUGCGAUCUUGAAUCGAUCCUCACGUUCUACUGCAAGAACCGGAACGUUGUCUACGAGCCCAACAACGGGUGGGUCGAAUUGAUGUUGCCGCUCCUUUCCCUGAAGCUCGUUCGUUCGGAAACUUACAACCUGUUCGAAGCGAUCCGGGACACUUACAUUCCGAAGGGCUGCACCAAGAACGGUACCGUGUUCAACGUGUUCCGGUUGCUGCUGCUGUACCACGAUCCGGAACUUUGCACGAUACUCGACACGAAACGCAUCACUCCAGAUUGCUACGCGAUCGGCUGGUUCCAAACGUUGUUCGCUUCCACCUGCACGUUACCGGUCGUGCUGUCCAUGUGGGACCUGUACUUCCAGCAGUCCGACCCGUUCCUCAGCUUCUUCCUCAGUCUGAUCGUGCUGAUCAAUCAGCGGGAUCAGAUUCUUGCCAUGAAGGGCUCCUCGAAGGAGGAGCUAACUCGUUUCCUAGUCAAUAUGCCGUGCAACAUAGAGGCGGACGAUGUGCUUGAUUUCUGCUCCCUAGCCCAGUAUUACUCCGUCAAAACACCGGCCUCGUUCAAGCGUGACCUGCUGCAGGUGCUCUUCGGUGCCCAAAACAGUGCGACGGAAACGUCGAUCGUUUCGCAGGCGCUCUGUCUACCCGUUUCGGUGAACGAGUUAAUCGAGAAUGCGUCCAUGGAAAAUCCGCAUCCGGAAGCGGUGCGUUUUUUUGUGGUAGAUUGCCGCACGGCGGAGCAGUACAACUCGGGUCACCUGUCAACUGCAUUCCAUCUCGACAGCAACUUGAUGCUGUCGGAACCGGAAGCAUUCCAGACGGCCGUACAAGGUCUGUUGCGGUCGCAGCGCAACGCGAUCGAUGCCAAUUCCAACGCCGGUGGUGAGCACCUGUGCUUUCUGGGGUCCGGUCGGCUGGAGGAGGAUCAGUAUACGCACAUGGUAGUGGCUUCGUUCCUGCAAAAAAGCACCAAGUACGUGUCGCUGCUUACGGGUGGCUAUGAGGCAAUACACGAGUACUUCGGAGAAGGGAUGGUCGAUUGCCUCGAAGAUCACGAUCCCCUCAAGUGUUUAGUGUGCAACCGCGAUCGGCAGCGCUACGGCAGUGGUGCAACCAAAGGAACGUUGAAUAACAACAACAAUGGCAGCACCAACGAUCUGUUUAGCAAACUGUCACUGGCGAUGAAAACGAAGUCAGCCGAGGUGCGCGAGAAGCUGUUCGACUACAUUUCCAAUCCAAAUGCAGCCGGCGCGGGUGCGGUCGGAGGUGCUGCAGAGAAACAUGUUUCACGCAACGAUCGCAACGGCAGACGCUAUCGCAAUGUGGCGCCCGUGUUUAGUAUUGGCGAGGAUCAGGAGGACGACGACGAUCUCAAUUCGGCGGCCAGUGAGAAUUCUGCAACAACGCCGAGUGGCUCUCGUGCUUACGUGUCGAUACAGAGCUUCCUGAAGGGUUCAGAUGUGAUACGCUAUUUCAAAUGCCAAGAGGUACACCUUAAUGGGUACAUGUACGAUAGCUACCUGAUCGUCACUGCAACACACCUGCUUGUCCUGCGCGAGCUCGAAGGACGCAAGGAUAGGGCUCGUAUCAUCGUGCGUCGGUCGUUGCAGAGCAUCGUAAAGAUUACGGCCAAAAAGCGACAUCGCGAUUUGAUCACGUUCAACUAUGGCUAUCCGGACGAGGAAAACCUCGUCAUUACGGAUAUGGAUCGGUUUCUCAUACCGAACGCAAGUGAAGCGACCGAACUGAUCUCGCGGCACAUCAUCAAGCAGACUUAUUUUACCCUGCAGCUGGAUUCGCAUCCUCGUGCUUCGUAUAUGAUUGCGGAUGUUCUACUUUUUUGUUUCACUUUGUUAUAACCGUCCCGCAUUUUAAGAAAACGAUCGUGAAGCUUGUAUUUUAAAUGUUCUUCCAGUUAACCGUGAUUUCCUGUGUGUGCUGCACCAAGCGUAGCAACGUUCUGCGCACUGUGUAUAAAAUUAGAGAGUGAUAGAGAGAGGAAUUCAAAUGCGGCUCAAUGUAAAACCAUUCAAUUUAGGGGCUAACGCGACCCCGAAACAUUUGGUAAAACUAUCAGUUUCAGAGUCGCUGGGAAGUUUGCGUAGAGAAAUAAAGUUCAAACCAAAUAAUUCAUU